AUGGUAGGCUUCAAGGGCAUGGGGUGGCUGCCGGAGCCGAAGAAAGAGGGGAAGAAUCUCGGAAUUCUCGCAUUCGAGACGGCAAAAACGAUGUCCAGAUUGAUCUCUCUCUACAAAUCCGUAUCCGACGAAGAGAUCUCGCGCCUGAGAAACGACGUGAUCCGAUCUAAGGGAGUUGCGUUUCUGAACUCCGGCGAUGAGAAGUUCCUCCUAAGCCUAGCCAGCGCGGAGCGCCUCGAGGAUCUGGAUCACGCCGCUGCGGCGGUAGCGCGGCUGGGGAAGAAAUGCACCGAUUUCGGCCUGGAGCGGUUCGAUCUGGUUUAUAAGGAGUUGAAGGGCGGGGUUUUGAACUCCGGGAAGAUGAGGUACGGAUCGGCGACGGCGGAGCGGAAGAUCCGGAAGAUGGAGAGGCUGGUGGCGGCGACGUCGGGAUUGCAUGCGGCGGUGGAGUCGCUGGCGGAGAUGGAGGUUUCGGAGAGGAAGAUGAAGCAGUGGAAGAGUAAGGAUAACGAAUUGCACAAGGCGAAUUACGAUAAUUUGAUUCAUAAAUUGGAGAUUCAGCGCAGAGAGAUACGCAAUUUUAAGGAGAUUUCUCUGUGGAAUAAAUCGUUUGAUAAAUGCGUUGAUUUGAUGGCGAGAGUCGUCUUCGUCGUGCACAGGCGCAUCUGCGCUCUGUUCGGGCCGAGAAAGCGGUUCCCGAUGAAAGAGAAAGUGUUCCCGCAUUCGGGCCCGCUUUUAACCGCGUCGAAGCCCGUUAUGGUCCGGUUCUACAGCCGGAAAUCGGGCAUUUUUGAAGAGGAAGAAGCCGGUCCGCAGACGAACCGGGUUUUCCAUUCGGCCAAACCGGAAACAGUGGGCGGUUCGGGUCUGGCACUGAGGUACGCUAACGUGAUACUAACGGCGGAGAAGUAUUUGGACUCUGACGUGGCAAUCAGCCACAUGGAGAGGGAAUCUUUCUACGAGAUGCUGCCGGAGAAUCUGAAGUUUCAGGUGAGGGCGAAGCUGAGCAAGAACAUGCGGUGCGCGGGGGUGGAGGAGGGUGAUGCGCUGCUGGCGGAGGGGUGGCGGGAUGCGGUGGCGGAGAUACUGCGGUGGCUGGCGCCGGUGGCGGACGACACGGUGCGGUGGCAGAUGGAGCGGAGCUUUGAAAAGACGAGGUUCGACGCGAGGCCGACGGCGCUGCUGCUGCAGACGCUGCAUUUUGCCGAUAGGGAGAAGACGGAGGCGGCUAUCGCGGAGAUCUUGGUCGGGCUGAGCUGCGUUUUCCGGUUUGAGAACCGGCGAUUUGUUCAUUGCGAUGAGUUUUAUUGA